AUCAUCUACCAUCGCACCGAGUAGUCGUGCUAAGGCUCCCAUAGUCACACAAGUAUAAUUUCCACCUAUUUAUGAGAAUCAACCUCUAAUGGUGGAGUCAUCUUCACAUGCUCCACAAAUAUCAUCUCUACCCUUUGAAGCCUUAUACCAACCACUUGAGAUGAACAACCCAACCUUGCCCACAACCAUACCACCUUUGAUGGGACAAGUGCCAGCUAUUCAACCCAACCCCUCGGUUGAGAUAUUGAGGCCUACUUUCGAGGAUGGGAAGUCAAGAGAGGUUGAUCACAAGUUGCAACAAUUGGAAGAGGCUUUGAAAGCGAUGCAAGGGCUACAAUCUUAUGGUUCUAUUGAUUUAGAUGAUCUUUGCUACUAUCCAGGAAUUCAGACAAAUUUCAAGAAUAUGGCACCUUAUGCUAAUGAUGAAAGGGUGCUUAUUCAUUAUUUUCAAGACAGUCUAUCAGGCCCAGCAAGUGUUUGGUUUUCAACACUUGACAAAAAGAAGAUUUGCACUUUCAAGGAUGUUUCUCAAGCUGUUAUGAAGCAGUAUGAGUAUAAUAUGAGUUUAGCCCCUACAAGGGAUAGCUUGCAGAGAAUCACCAAGAAAGGUAAUGAGACUUUCAAAGAAUUCGCUCAACGGUGGAGAUCUAAAGCAGCCAAAGUCAUUCCACCUCUUACCAACAGUGAAAUUUGCUCUCUCUUUAUCAAGUCAACUACCGGAACCUUUCGUGCAUGGUCGAGACAGUUCACCAAGUUUCCAAUCCCUUAUAGUGAGGUGCUAAAACAAUUAGUGGCAGUGGGUUUGAUGCAGACAGUGCAAGCAAACCCUGUGCAACCACCUUAUCCUUACGGGUAUGAUCCACAAGCUAAAUGUGAAUAUCAUAAUGUAACAGGUCAUGGUAUCGAAUAUUGUACAACUCUGAAACAUAAAAUUCAAGAUCUCAUUGAUGAAGGAAAACUCCAACUUGAUGAAACUAAGAGUGCUCCAAGCAUCACUCAGAAUCCUUUACCUCCACAUGGUGCACCCACCAUGAAUAUGAUUACCCUCAACGAAGUUGAUAGACCCAUAUUGGAAAAUGCCAGUUCAUGGUCUCUUGAUGAAUUAUUUGCCAUUUUUAUAAAGUAUGAUCUUAUUCAGCCAAUUGCAUCAAUGAGCUCAGAUGUUUUGCCUGUGACAAUUGAUGAUGCUUUGGUGUGUCUUAUCACUAAAUUCAUAGCACCAGUGACCGAAGAAUACUUCACUAAGGAGAAGCCUUACAUUUUGCAAGAUACUACAAAAGCACAAGUCAUUAAUCAGCCUUAUGUCUUGAAGACCUCCCUUAGUGAGUCACUCAUGGGAAAGACAUCAUCUAUGGUUAUGCCUCAACACUCUACCAUCUUGAAUUCCACAACCAAUGAUGUGUACAACAUGACCCGUAGUGGUCGGUGCUAUGUGAAUCCCGAACUGGAAGAAUUGAGAAGGGUUGCCUUGAAGUCAAAAGACAUCAAAAUUGAAGAGAUACUAGAAGAAUCACCCAAGAAGCUAGUGUCAGAAAAUGAAGUUACAGAAUUUUUGAAUAUUUUGAGGAAGAGUGAGUAUAGCAUCAUUGAACAGCUCAACAAAACCCUUGCAAAAAUUUCUGUUUUAAAAUUAAUGCUAUCAUCUGAGGUUCAUCUUGAUGCAUUGCUCAGAGUCUUGAAAGAGGCCCAUGUGCCUAGGAACAUUGAUACUCAGAAGUUUGAGACUGUGGUUGGGGCAAUCUUAACUCCAAAUUAUAUUAAUUUCAUCGAUGACGAGAUUCCCGACGAAGGAAAUGGACAUACCAAGGCUCUCCAUAUUUUAGUCCAGUGUAGGAUGAUGAAUGUGCCUCAUGUGUUGAUUGAUAAUGGGUCAGCUUUGAAUGUGAUUCCUAUGACGAUCUUGAAGCAAUUAAAGGUGGAUGAGUCUCACAUUAAUCAGUGCAAUACAGUGGUUCGUGCUUUUGACGGAACAAAAAGGAAUGUGAUUGGAAAGAUUGAGCUUCUAGUGGAAAUUGGUCCUAUGGCUUUUGAUGUGGAUUUCUUCGUCAUGGAUAUUUCUCCCACUUUUAAUAUGCUUCUUGGGAGGCCUUGGAUACAUGUUGUCGGAGCAGUACCGUCCACUUUGCAUCAAAAGGUCAAAUACAUUGUCAAUGGUGUUCUUGUCACGUGUGCUGCUGCUUCUUAUAUUCACCCAAGGUUCACAGGGAAAAGGGUUGAAAUGGCUAAACUUACCAAAGUUGUUGCUAGAAUCAUGCUUUCAUGUCAUUAUCAGUUGGGAGAAGGUUUGGGAUUGAAUGGACAAGGAAUUCUUGAGCCUAUUGAAGUAAUUCAACCUUGGGGCAUUUUUGGUUUGGGAUACAAACCGAAGAAGGAAGAUUGGAAGAGAAUGCAUGCUAUUAAAGUAGAGAAACACCUUGCUAGACUUCAAGGGAGAGACCCAAGGGAUGAACCAAUGUGGGUGCCGCACAUUAGAGUCACGUUUCCACGACCUGUUGAGAUUUUGUGCCCUUCUCUUGAUGGUUAUAUAGUAAAGCAUAUGGGUGUUUUGUUUGUAGAUCUAGAGGGUACUGUUUUCAUUGACAGAUUGCUUGAAAUCGGGGAAUGUUCAAAACAAGCAAAGUUUGAGGAAGUGGUGGUGGAAGAUAUCACCGAUGAAGUCUGUUCUGAUGAUGAGGAAGACAAUUUUGGUUUCAACAACCUCUUUGGGCUAGCCAACAUGACAGAUCCUAAGGAAAGGUGGAGAAGGAUGCUCACUGAAAGGGCAUCUAUGGAAAAGCACCCCAACCUCCAACUCAUUCAUCAUGCAAAAGCUCCAAUGGAUCCACAUGAGUCUGUGCUCCUUGAAACAGUGAAGGAAGAAUCACUAUGUGACUCAUGGGGAAAUUUGACUAUAAAUGCUCUAGAUGAGGAAGGACUGGAAUUUGAUAGGGGAAUUUCUCAUGCCAACGGAAGCUCUCAAGCUAAUUGGGCAACAGAACUUCUCCCUGACAUGCUGGGACUUGAUCCUAAUAUCACUGUUCACGCCAUUCUACUCUAUUCUGAGGCCAAGCCAGUCAAGCAAAAGCUAAGGAGGAUGAAACCAGAGGUUCUGUUGAAAGUCAAAGAAGAAAUACAAAAGCUGUUAGAUGUCAAUUUCAUGGAAGUAGCUAUGUAUCCGGAAUGGGUGGCCAAUAUCGUACCUUUAAUGAAAAAGGAUGGCCAGGUUAGAAUCUACGUGGAUUAUAGAGACUUGAACAAAGCAAGCCCCAAGGAUGAUUUCCCAUUGCCUCACAUCCAAAUUCUACUAGUAAUGCUGCCAAAAAUGCUCGGUUCUCUUUUGUUGAUGGCUACUCUGGAGGAUUAUGAGCCUAUUGAUUGGGAUUUUCCUGAUGAGGACAUUUUGGCAGUGGAGGCAGAAUCUGAUUCAGAUAAUUGGAAGCUCUUCUUUGAUGGAGCUGUUAACAAGCUUGGUUGUGGCCUUGGAGCCAUGUUGGUAUCCCUAAAGGGAGAUCAUUUUCCUAUUGCUAUAAAGCUUGAUUUUGCUUGUACCAACAACAUAGCCAAAUAUGAAGCUUGUAUUGCAGGAAUACAUGCUGCUUUGGAUAUGAAUGUUCAAGAUUUGGAGAUCUACGAUAAUUCAACACUAAUCAUAUCCUCCAUGAUCCAAAUCUCCAAGGAUGAUGUGAUUAAGCCUUUGGUGAUUGAAAUUAGUCAAGAACCAGCACAUUGCAUGGAAAUCAAGGUCGAUGACAAACCAUGGUUUCAUGAUAUUAAACAAUUCUUGCAAAAUGGGGAAUACCUUUUAUAUGCUUCUGAGGUGAACAAGAAGACAAUCAGAAAAUUGGCAACCUCAUACUUCUUGAGCGAAAAUACAUUGUAUAAGCGCUCUAUUGAUAUGACCUUGUUGAGAUGUGUUGAUGAAAAAAAAGCAAAACAAGUCAUGACUGAGGUCCAUGAAGGGAUAUGUGGAACACAUGCAAAUGGAAGAAUGCUUGCUAGAAAAAUUCUCCGGCCUGGCUAUUAUUGGUUGACUAUGGAACAUGAUUGCAUCAAAUAUGCACGAGCUGAAGCAACAUCUUAUGCUAGUGUUACCAAGAAGGUGGUCACUCGCUUCAUCAAAAGAGAGAUCAUCUACAGAUAUGGACAGCCGGAGGCCAUCAUUAUUGAUAAUGAAAGCAAUUUGAACAAUGACAUGAUGACUACGUUAUGCAAGCAAUUCAAGAUCAAGCAUUAUAACUCUUCUCCAUACCGACCAAAGAUGAAUGGUGCGGUGGAAGCUGCCAACAAGAAUAUCAAGAAGAUUCUAGCUAAAAUGGCAGUCACUUACAAAGAUUGGCAUGAAAUGUUGCCAAAUGCUCUCCAUGCUUAUAGAACCUCUGUUCGCACUUCAACUAGGGCAACACCUUAUUCCUUAGUAUAUGGAAUGGAGGCAAUAUUACCAAUUGAGCUAGAAACCUCUUCUACGAGAAUCUUAUCCGAGUCAGGGGUUGAUGAAGAAGACUUGAUUCAGAAAAUGAUAGAUUAUCUCAAUUUGCUUAAUGAAAAAAGAUUGGCAACUCUUUGUCAUGGCCAAUGCUAUCAGCAACGAAUGGCAGCAGCUUACAACAAGAAAGUCAAACCUAGAGUGUUUCAUCAAGGAGAUCUCAUCUUAAGAAAGAUCAUGCCAGAUGAAAGGGAUCCUAGGGGCAAAUUCGCACCGAAUUAUAAAGGGCCCUAUGUUGUUAAAAAAGCUUUCUCGGGAGGAGCACUCUUGUUGAGAUAUCCAAAUGGAACUAAUUAUCAUCACCUAGUGAAUGCCGAUGCUGUUAAAAUGUAUUAUUGCUAAAAAAAAAAAAAAAAUUUAGAAACAGCAGUUAGAAGAAGAAGAUCAUUGAGCUUCCAGAAUUUACUAAGCAAGAUUGUGCAUUUUUUUGGGUUUUCAUCUUAGGUAUUUUCCUGCAACAGAGGAGUCCUUUUAGAAAGCAGUGAAGGGGAUGAUCUGGACUUGAUCUCGUGGGAGGGAUCCGCCAAAUCGGACUCCGAUUUAUUACCUAGAAAACUCCGCCAUGUUUGUUUCUUUUUUUCUCCUGUUUCUGUUAUCUGCCUUCAUGAUGUUAAGUUUGUAUAUGUUUAUCUGAAAAUGAAUGAGAAUCUAAGUU